UCCAGGCUCUGCAGGGAGGCCGCCCCUGUGCACCGCUGAUUGGCCACGCCACUACCUUCGUCACUCUCUUUUGUCUCAAUGGGCAGAGGCUAAAAGCAGCCGCUGCGGCUCUGCAGGCUGAAAUUGAGGGCGGGGGCAGCUUCAGCUGCCUUGGAAACCGCGGUUGCGACUCUGCUCCCCUGGCUGGGCAACCCUGCAAAGAGCCUCGCCCAGACAGCUCAGAGGCUGAGGCGCCAUCCUUUCCCCUGCAAGGCCUAAGAGGUGAGACAGCUCUACGCAGCAGACCCUGAGCAUCCUCUGCUCAUCUAUGAAGCAGCUCAUCAAAGCCGAUUUCAAACGUGAAUUCUGUGUGACUGAUUGCAGAGCUGUUUAGAUUAGAGGCCCAGAGCACCUGGAUCUGACAGCCUACGGUCAGAGAUCAACCUUACCGGGACAAGAACUAUUACGGAAAGCACCUGUUGCAGACACUAGGCUUGAAAUAAAGGAGGAAGCCAGUUUCCGAGCUUUGUUCCUACCCAAACGCAAGGAAGAGACUGCAGGGGAACGUUCCUUUGGAGAUUUCUGCAGAUUGGACUGUUUUGUUUGCAGAAAGUCCAAGCGUCUUGUAUUCAGAUAUCCAAUUGCUGUCAGGCAUGGCUAGCCUCCUUGCUAGGAUGGGUAACAGUCGCCGGCAGAAUGCAGCUUUUAUGCCUUUUGCCCAUUCCAUGCUGAGGGCCCUGGGGAGGAGUCUUGGUCCUUUGAUAGCCAACAUUGCAGAGAGAAACAUACAGUCCUUCUCUGGGAGGGCGGAGCUAGGCCCUGGGGAAGAAACCUUUGAGAACUGGCUAAGCCAAGUCCAUGAGGUCCUGCCAGAUUGGCCUAUGUCUGAAGAGGAAAAGAUCAAACGCCUGAUGAGAACCCUCAGGGGCCCUGCCAAGGAGGCCAUGCGUUUGUUCCAGGCUGACAAUCCCAAUCUAAAUGUAACAGAAUUUUUGCGGGCAAUGAAGUUGCUAUUUGGGGAGUCUGAGAGCAGUAUAACAGCACAUGGCAAAUUCUUAAACACCCUGCAGGCCCAGGGAGAGAAACCAUCCCUGUAUGCCAUCCGUUUAGAGGUGCAGCUGCAGAACGCUAUCCAGGCAGGGGUCCUUCCUCAGAGCGAGGCAAACAGGACUCGCCUGCACCAGCUCCUUGUAGGGGCUGAGCUGAGCAGGGAUCUGCGCAUCAGGCUUAAGGGGCUUCUCCAGCUGCAUGCGCAGAAUGAGCAGGAAUGCCUUCCUGACUUCCUGGAGUUAAUCAGGAUGAUAAGGGAGGAAGAGGAUUGGGAAGAGAUGUUCCUUAGAAAUAAGCGACCCAGAAGAUCUGAGACAGUAAUGGAGCGGGCAGCCAGCCCUGUCGUCUUUCAGGGCUCCCUGCCUAUAGUGAUAGGCAGUGCUGACUGUAAUGUGAUAGAGAUAGAUGAUUCCCAGGAUGAUUCCGAUGAAGAUGUGAUCCUGGUGGAGCCUGAGGACCCUCCACUCUCACCCCCAGGUCCCUCCUCCUUCAGAGGCACAGCCAGUUCUCAGGAAGAAAUGCUAGUUAUUGAAUCCUCUGAUGAUUUUGAUGAGGAGUCUCCUUCCACUAGCAGUGGUUCUGGGCAAAGGAAUAAUGGGCCUGGGGAUCUAGGUAGAACCAGAAAGCGAAAGUACCCAAUCCGCUGUCCUCAUUGUGGUGAAGAGGGUCACGCCAAAGAAACCUGUGACAAUACUAGCAACAAGGGCCAGGUGUUUGAGAAUCUGAUAGUCACUCUGCAGGAGCUGACUCAUAUGGAGAGACCCAAACCCUCUGUACCAUACUAAGGGUGUGAGACUCAGCCCCAGAUCAAUGUUUAAGUCUCCUCAGAAACUAAUUCUGGAGGAAAAAGAGAUGGGGUGGGCUUCUAACAUAAGGAAUUCAUUUCAGACAAGCAUUUCUUUGGAAAAGAAAAGCAAACUGGGAAACCAUGCAACAGAGAGGCAUGGGCCCACAUCAUUCCUUGCUCAUUCCAUUAGCUGCUUAAUGGUUGUUUCUCUGUGUGUCUUUCUCUGGUGAUCUUAAUCUAUCUGUGAAGUGGUAUCUUUUUGAACCUUCUAAAUGAAACUAAGAAGAAAAAAACUAAAGUGCACAUUACCUGAAAAUCUCACCCUGAAUUGUCAGCCCUUUGGUGAAUGUCCUUCUAUAUAUUUCCCUGUACCUGUGUGCCUAGGUAUAUAUGUAUUGAUAAAAGUGGUCACAUAUAAGUGCUGUUCUAUAUUAUGUAUUUUUUCAUCAGGCAGUAUAUAUUGUGGACUUCUAAAUAAAUGAAUAUAUAACCAUCUAAUGUCAUGCACACUAUAUCUUUGGUGAAGAUAAAUAAAAACUGAAAC